AUGCAUUCUCCAGAGAUCAACAAACAUGAGCAAGAAUAUGUGACAAUGCAUGACAUGGUUCGCGAUGUAGCUUUGUGGAUAGCAUCUAAACAGGAUCAUACGAUUAAGGUAAACUAUACAAAAGAGCUGAAUGAAUUUCUUGAUAAUGAAGCAAUAAAAGAUUUCUAUGCUAUAGCUUCAUGGUAUGACUUGAAUGGAUUACUUCAAUUUCCUUCUCGAUUGGAUGCUCCAAAGCUUGAGAUUUUAUUGUUUGAUUCAUCAACAACCUUUGAUUUAUCACUUGCAUCAUUUGAAGGUACAAAAGAACUCAAGGUUUUUGCUGUGAUUCAUAGAUAUAGCUAUCCUUCUCUGAUGAAAAAGCCUCAAUCAAUCCAACAAUUGUCUAAUCUUCGAACCCUAAGGUUGCAACAUUGGGAUUUAGGUGAUAUCUCUUUUGUGGUAAGCCUUACAAGACUUGAAAUUCUUGACUUGAAAGGUAGUGAAUUUGAAAAACUACCAAAUGGAAUUGAAAAGUUAAACAAGCUGAAAAUGUUAGAUUUGUCAAGGUGUAAAAUAGAUGAGUGUUGUUAUAAAGUAAUCGGAAGGUGCUCGCAUCUAGAAGAGCUAUAUGUUUAUCCACAUUUUUCGCAUCUAGAAAACAUAAAUUGCUUUGAAUACCUUCAGGGUGUCCCUGCUUUAACGAAAUUGAAAAGGUACAAGUUAGAAAUGGGGAAACUCACCGAAAAUGCCAGAUUUUUUUGGAGAGAAGAAAGAAGAUCUUUAUGCUUGGGUCAUCCAAAUAUCUCAAUGUCAAGUGCGCUAAUCAAAGAUAUUGUACAAAGAGCAACUGCAAUUCAAUUUUAUAAGCUUCUGGGAGGUUGCAAAAGCUUCAUUCCUAAUAUGGUCCAAGCUAUGGGAGGCAUGAAUGAGUUAACUAAACUUCAUCUUCAAUGCUGUUCAGAGAUGGAAUGCAUUGCUGAUGAAACUACUCUUAUGAAGAUGUGGUUGUCUCAAGAUUGGCUGGAAAGUCUAGGUAUAUUCAACUGCCCUCAAUUGCUCCACAUAUUCCCUGUUGACUGCAACUUAAGAAAUCUUAAGUUUCUCGAUAUUGUUGAAUGUCCGAUGUUGACAUCUCUGUUCCCUGUCUCUGUUGCUUGUACUCUGUUAUCCCUAGAGAAGCUCUAUAUUGAAAACUGCAUUGAAUUGAAGCAUUUAAUUGAGGUAGAGACUGGUGGUGAUCAAAAUGAAAUUCAAAUAGUGCUUCCUCCUUGGAACGUCUUCAGCUUCAAAAUCUUCCAAAUCUUGUUGGAAUUUGUUCAAAAAGGUGUCAACCAAGGUUCUCAUCUAUAA